AAAAAAAUCCUAUCCUGUUUGAGAACCUGUUUUUUGUUCCACACAAACAUCUUUGGGUUCUGUUCUAUCUAAUGCUCUUUGAUUGAACUCGAUUCGAAGAGCAGCAACAGCAGCGGGUCUCCGGCUCUAAGAGGAAUCUUAAACGCGCGCCGUGACGUCGUCGUCGCAGUCGCAGUCACAGUCGCUGUCACCGGUUCCCGUCUCCCCGCCGUCUCCGUCUCCGUCUGGUUCUCAGCACCGUAUCAAUAGAAGUUUUUCAUUUGAUUUACCGUUAGCGGUCUGCCGCUACCACGGCCGCCUAGCACUGCUGGCUUUUUUGAGAUACCCCUGCAGUGGUGGGGUAUGAUGGUUGCGGACUAUUUUGGGGCCUAUGAAGAGAGAAUAGAGAAUAUAAUAUAUAGGCUAUAAAGACAGGGUUUGAUGGUGGGAAAAACCAUUCCUUGUCAUUUUUUGUUUCUGAAGAUCGAAAGGUUAUAGAAAUUUCCAUCGAAAAGUGGUAGAUAAAUUUAGCCAAAUCGAUUCCAAAUCCCAUGCCUGCAUCAUCUUCUCAUGAUAGUUUUUCAAGGGUAUCCAAUACUUCGUCCCAAAAACCACACAUUUCUACUACUAUGUUCUCGAGUGGGCAGCGCCAGCCAAGCGUGCAUCUUUGUGUUUAGAAAGCCACUCGGCAGGUCCCAGACCCACUCCCCAGUCCCCCCCGACUGCGUCUCUGCGCUCACCCCAUCUUUGGGAGGCUUCGCGCUUGGGGCCUGGUCUUCACAAAAAAAAAGUAAAUAAAUAAAAAGCUAAAAGGCAGCAGAAUCAAAGCAGAAGAAGGCUUAAUUAAAUUUAAAGCAAACUUGGCUCGAAAACUGUCUGCAGACAAAUACCCAUCGAAAACACACACACACACACACACCCAUACAUAGAUACGUAUAUGGCCAGACAUUAUGGAUUGACCGACUUCUUGUAGCGAAACCGAAACCCCCGUUAAUUGAUUGGGUUCUGGAAUCUGAUUUUACAGCCGUUCAUUUCUUGCGAAGAGAGAAAAUUGGAUAGAAAAAUAUGCGUAGAGUAGAAAUCAAAUAAAUAUUGGCCUAGCCAAACAAACAAAUAAAUAAAUCAAUUGAUUUGCCAUGCAUUUGGUAACUUGUGAACCGAUACGAGUACGAUUUUUAAAUGUUUGAGUACUCUUUCGAUGGAACAACUGGCUAAAAAAACAAAACGCAUUUUUCCGCAAAUAAAUAUGUGAAGUGAAAUUCCAAACCAAACCCUUUUCUGAUAUUUAUUCCAAUCAAAUAAAAUACCAAAACCAAAACAAGAUUUUAUGUCGAAAAAAAGCCUUUAAAUUCGUUAUAAAAGCAUGUGCCUCAAACAGACAACAUUUCACAUUUAUCGCCGGACUGGCCGACUGGCAAUCAUAAUUAUUAUUCGUGGCAUUCCAGGCCCAGUUCUCAUUCAUUCAUUCAUUCUCGGUUGGUUUUUGGAGGGCGGGGAAAACCACACGGAAACAUUCCACCAAAUGGGCAAACAGGUUGCCACAAAAAACAGCUGAGGCCAGAAGGAAAAUGAAAAGUCAAACACGUGCACGGUAGAACGGUAGAACGGCGGAAAAGGUUAACGAGAACAGCAACAAUAAAAACCAAAAUUUUUUAUCAAACAGAAACAAAACCAAAUUCAAGAUUCGCGCGGAAACUGAAAACCAAUUAUUAAACGACCCAAAAAAAAAUUAAUAAAAACGUUAAAAAUAUCUCCUAAAAAAGUAGCCAACAAACGACCAAAAAUAUUCCUUAAAAAGUCACCUAAAAACCACUGAAUAUUCAAAAAAACCAAAAUAAAAAUAAAAACCAACAAAAAAAAAGAAGGCGAACAACUAAAGGAAUUUUCAGGCGUUUGGCAUUUUGUCAACCCGUAAAGGGCCCCCCGAAAAAAGAGAGAGAGAGAGGGAGAGAGCCGCACAAGUGGCUGCAACAAAAGGGCUACCACCGAAUCCCAGACCUCGCGACCCCUCUGGAAAACGAAAAACUCAGGCCGGAAAACGCUUGUUUCGACACGUGAGAGGAACAGAGAGGCAGAGCGGCAGAGAGAGGAGUGUGGCUGCAGCAGCAGCAGCAGGAGGAGGAGGAGGAGGUGUACGGCCAAACCGAGGCUAGUGACAAGAAACAACAACAAAACAAACAGCUCUAUGCCGGCACCAAGAUGAGAGGCAGCCAAACAACAACGACAGCCACAACGACGAUAGCGCCCCUGCUCCUGCUACUCCUCUGGGUGGCCCAGGCGGCGGGACAAUGUCCCUGGCAGAGGGAUGUGCCCGACCUGCAGACCAGCUGCAUAUGUGCCUACAAUCUGGGCAGGGAACUGAGCGUGCAGUGUGACCAGGUGAACUUCGAAGACCUUCUGGGGGCCAUGAACACCCAUGCCCGGCUGAAGCCCGUGGAUCUGCUGUACGUGAACAACUCCUCGAUAUCGGAACUCCCGGACGCGAUCUUCAGCAAUCUGAGCCUGCACAAUGUGCAGCUCUCGAGCUGCGGCAUCAAGCGGAUAGCGGAGGGCGCCUUCCGGGGCCAGGAGGGUGUGCUGCGGAACCUCAAUCUGCAGGACAAUCUGCUGAGCGAUGUGCCGGUGAAGGCGCUGCAGCUGCUGGGCAAGCUCAAUCUGCUGGACCUGUCCAAGAAUCAGCUCACCCACAUACCGGACGAUGCCUUCAGCGGCCUGAGCAAGCUGUCGACCCUCAAGCUGAACGACAACAAUGUGACCCUCUCGGCGGGAGCCUUCCGAGGACUCGAACAGAGUCUGAAGAACCUCAACCUGAAGGGCACCAAGCAGCGACGAGUGCCCGAGUGCAUCAGGGGGCUCAAGAGCCUGGCCUUCUUGGAUCUGUCCCAGAACGGCAUCAAGGAGCUGCCCGGAGCGGGCGGCAUACGGGUGUUCGACGGCCUGGAUGCCCUCACUGCCCUGAAUCUCGAGCGGAAUCUCAUCCAGAGCAUUGGCGAGACGGCCUUCGCGGGGGUACGCAAGACGCUCAGCUCCUUGAGUUUGCUCAACAAUCUGCUGGCCGAGUUCCCCAUCGGGGCCGUGCACUCCCUGAAGGAGCUGCGCGUCCUGGACAUUGGCUUCAAUCUGCUGACCAGCCUGCCGGAGGCAGCCUUCCGUGGCAACCCGGGCAUCACCCUCCUCGCCCUCGACGGCAACCCGCUGAGCUCCGUGCCCGAGGGCGCCUUUGCCCACCUGAACUCCACGCUGCGUGGCCUGUCGCUGGGGGGGCGAUUCCUCCACUGCGACUGCAAGCUCCGAUGGGUAGCCGAGUGGAUACGCAACGGGGACCUGCAGGUCACAUCACGAGAACGCAAUCCACAAUUCUGUGGCACCCCACCACGUUUCCGGGACCGUGGCUUCUACUCCAUACAGCCCGAGGAGCUGAGCUGUCCGGACAUUGCCGAUGCGGCGCUCCGCGGUCCAGUUGGCCUGGCCGAUAACCUAAAGCCAACGUUGGCCUCGUCGUCCGUGGAUUCCGUGGAGUAUGAAACGGGGACGGGCACGGGCACGGGCACAGCUGCCUCUUCGCCGGUGGCCAGUAGUGUGAGCAGCUCCACAACCACAACGACAUCGACAACGACAAGCACAACAACCACAGAAGAGCCAACAACGAAGCGUUCGAGUACGACGCGUCUACCGGCCAAGACAACGGCAAGCGUUUCAGCCAGCACUGCCUCGCCCUCGGCGGCCACAAACCUAUCCGCAAACGGCACCGGAACCGUCCAGGCCACCACCAUCACCACAAGCAGUUCCUCCUCCUCCUCCUCCUCCUCGGCUGCGUCGGGUGUCCAUGCGAACAGCAAACAGGCGCCGGGCUGGCGUCAGGGAGUGAACAACAAUGGGGGGCCGCACAAGCCGCAGAGGCCGCCGCUGGUGCUGGGCUAUCCGCCGCAGAGGGGCACGCGGAUCGACGACGCCAACGAGGUGCAGGUGAAGCACGCCUUCCGCCAGGACAGCUCCGUGAUCAUCCAGUGGGACUCGGACACCGCCAACAUCCUGGGCUUCCGCGUGGUCUACCGCCUGUUCGGGGAGAAGGCCUUCAAGCAGGGACCGCCGCUGGAGGCCAGCGAGCGGGAGUUCAAGAUCAAGAAUGUGCCCGCCCAGGAGUGCAUCAUCGUGUGCGUGAUCUCGCUGGAGGAGCUGCACGUGACCCCCGAGACGGUGCCGUACCAGCAGUGCCGCGAGGUCCGCACUGUGGCCUCGCAGGCCUCCAACAUGGACAAGAUAACGAUUGCGGCCAGUGCGGCCAUUUGUGGCACCAUCAUUGUGGCCGUGAUUGUGUUCAUUGCUGCCAGCAGGCGCUCCCGCAAGCUCCAGAACAGCCAACAGAAGAGUCCACUGCCAAUUGGAGGACUGCCUGUUAAUUGCUGCGGUCCGACCGGUUCCCCAGGACCACUUGGCUCCAUUGCAACGCUAUCGGCAUUUAACAAUCACAAGGAAUGGGAUCAAGUGUCCGCAUACAGUGGACGCUCGAUACCGCGUCCCCGCAUCUAUCCCGUUGAGCAGCCCGACGACAUGCGCAGCCACUUUUCCGGAAUGCCCGGCAAAGUGGGGAAAUCAAGUCGAUCCAUUGCCGAUGGCCAGUCGCAGCACAGCUUCUCGAACAACUCGCAUCGCGGCUAUUUGGGCAGCGCCUUCCCCUCGAACCUGGUCAACUCUCGUCCCGAGCUGCGGCAGUCCCGCCAGUCCCUGGCCGCUGCCUCGGAGCGCAUGUCGCGCGCCUCCUACGCCGGCUCCAUCCACGGCGGCAAUGGGGGCGGCGGCGGAGGCGGGGGCAUGCAAAUGGGGGGUCCCGGUGGCCUGCCCGUGAGCAGCCUGAUGAGCAUGAGCGGCAUGGUGGGCGGCGGCGGACCCGCCAGCAUCGCCUCCAGCGCUAGACGCUCGCGUCCGCGCUCCAGAUCACGCGAUCAGCUCAAUGCCACGCACAUACAUAACCAUCGACCGGGAAGUCGAUACUCGCAGUCGGGCUCAACGCACACGUUGAACAACUACUGCGAUACGUCGGAUAACUGGACCGAUCACGAUAUGGACAUCUAUAUGGCGCGCAAUCCGACAACGCGCAACGGUCUAGUGCCAUUAUGAGGGCGGCUUACGUUAUCCUGAU